AAGCAAUAUGGUAUCUUAAAAAUUUGAGUCCCUAUCCACUCAAGCUGUCUACAUUUUAUCCCAAUAUUUUUUUCUUCUUACUAUUUUCUUCAGGUAAAUUCCAGAAUCUACUCUGCUAACUGAGUUAAUGGAUGGAUCAAAUGAGUCUGUGGUGUAUGAGUUUGUUUUGUUGGGACUCGCAAGUUCUCAGGAGAUUCAAGUUCUUCUGUUUCUGUUCUUUUCAGUAUUUUAUGUGGCAAGCAUGCUGGGAAACCUCCUCAUUGUACUGACAGUCGUCUCAGAUGCUCGAUUACACUCACCCAUGUACUUUCUGUUGGCUAACCUUUCUUUCAUUGACACCUGUGUUUGCAGUAUUGCAACCCCUAAGAUGAUUUCUGAUCUUUUCAGGAAGCGCAAAGUCAUCUCUUGGAAUGGCUGCAUUACUCAGAUGUUCUUUAUUCAUACUGUUGGGGGUACUGAGAUGGUGCUUCUCAUAGUUAUGGCCUUUGAUCGAUUCAUUGCAAUAUGUAAACCUCUUCACUACCUGACCAUUAUGAGACUGAGAAGGUGCAUUUUGCUUUUGAUGGCAUCUUGGAUUAUUGGCUUUAUACAUUCUAUGCUGCAGUUGGCUUUCGUUGUAAAUUUACCUUUUUGUGGUCCUAACAAAGUGGAUAGUUUUUAUUGUGAUUUUCCUAGGUUCAUCAAACUUGCCUGCAUGGAUACUUACAGACUGGAGUUCUUGGUCACUGCUAACAGUGGCUUCAUCUCCAUAGGCACUUUCUUCAUUUUGAUUAUCUCCUACAUCUUCAUCUUGGUCACUGUUCGUAAACAUUCUUCAGGUGGUUCAUCCAAGGCCCUUUCUACCCUGUCAGCUCACAUCACGGUUGUGAUCUUUUUCUUUGGUCCAUGCAUCAUUGUCUAUGUAUGGCCAUUCCCCACAUUACCAAUAGAUAAGUUUCUUGCCAUCUUUGAUGCACUUAUAACCCCUUUUAUGAAUCCUGUCAUCUAUACAUUCAGGAAUAAAGAAAUGAAAGUGGCAAUGAAGAAGCUGUUCAGUAAUAUCAUAAGUUUCAAGAAAAAAAUUUAAACACAUAAUUUGAAGCUAUCAAACAGAUUGGAUGUACAAAUGUACUUGCUGAGAUUUUAGAAAUCCCUUUAGAUAGUGUUUCAUCACUGUGGUGGGAUAAUGACUCAAAUGCACAAUUAGCUAAGUGCUCCCUAGGAAACCAUACUCCAAAGACAAUUGAGACAGCAAGAUAGUGCAGUUGACAGAAAACUUGGUUUGGAGUCAGCAAGACCUGAGUCUGAGGUUACAAU